AUGCAUCGCAGUUUUCCGCCAGCCGCGAUGCCGCCGAUUUCAUCCAUGACAAUGAAUUAUUCAUUCUCUCCUCCACCAUCCUCCGGCGACUUGCCCGGGAUCCCCGACGCCUGGUACGGCAACAUUCAGUACCUGCUUAAUAUCUCGGUGAUCGGGCUCUUAACCUGCGUCUCCAUCUUCCUUUUCGUUAAGCUACGCAGCGAUCACCGUCGCAUGCCUGGUCCUUCUGCUCUCUUCUCUAAGCUCCUCGCCGUCUGGAAAGCCACUUGCCGCGAGAUCGCUCGGCACUGCGGCGCCGACGCUGCUCAGUUCCUCUUAAUCGAAGGUGGUAGCUUCGUGCUCCUUUUCGCCAUUGCUCUUUUGGCUGUUUCGGUUAUGCUUCCUUUGAAUCUAUAUGCUGGGACUGCUCUGCUGAGUGACGAGCUCUCCAAGACCAUGAUUACACAUAUUAAGAAAGGUUCUGCUCUGCUUUGGCUGCAUUUCGUGUUUGUUGUCAUUGUUGUCGUCAUCUCGCAUUUUGGAAUCUCCGCCAUUGAAGCUAGGCUCAAGUUUACUAGAUUUAGAGAUGGGAAUGGCAAUAUCAGCGACCCGAAUGCAAAUUCCACUGCUGUGUUUACAAUGGUUUCCUCUUAA